ACGCGCGAACGCACUCAGCGCACUCACCCGCCUCGUUGUCGAAUCGAUUUCCCAGCGCGCGUCAAUCAUGACGUCGCGUGACGUCACAUCCGUAAACACUAGCACGCGUAUAAAGUUGUGAGCGCGAGCGCGUAGGGAUCAAUACGGCUCGCUCUGUUUACGAUUGCGUCUCGCUUCUCCGUUCGACAAGACAACAGCAUGCCUUUUAUCGGGAAGGACUGGAGAGGUCCGGGAGACGAGUGGGUGAAGAGGGAGGAGGGCUGGGAGAGACUGAAGCUGCUUUCAUCCAGUCCAUCCGAGGAGGGAUAUUUUCAACAAAGAUACGAGAAUGAGAUACGCCACCGCACGAAAAACAACAGCACCAGCGAGAGUGACGGCAGUGAUGACGUUGCUGCUGAUAGCAUUAAUAGCGACAACGAGGACAACGUGACACAGCUAAACUGCUCAUGUUCCAUCACGUGGAACUGUAGGCAGCCACACGUCUUCAUCGGCUGCACCGGCUCCAGGGAGACGUCUUACACGACGAGUCUGAACGAGGCGCUGUGGCUGCUCGACUUUGGAGGAGCCGUGAAGGACAUCCGACGCUUCUACUACGUCUGCAAAGUGCUCUACUACCUCAUCACGGAGAAGCUGUCGUCGCUGAGCGGGUCCGCACAGAAGACGCUGUUUAAGACGAUACAGGAGGUGCUAAAUCAAGUGGUUCAGACCAAACAGAACACGGGCACGUUAAAACUUCUAAUGGUAGAGCUCAGCAUUGCCAUGAAAGAGUGCCUAGGUGGUCGUCACAUCGGCUGCUCGGAAUUGUGGAGGAAUCACAACGAGACUGUUCACAGGUGGCAGCACAAGUUAACGAUGCACACGAUUCUGGAUGAGAUCAAGCACCGGCAGACUGACGACGACGACGAGCGGUCGCUGAAGCUGCAGGACCUUCCCGACGACUGCAUCCGCUCGAUCCUCCGUCGCCUUAGCAACCACGAGGACGUACUGAACACCAGCAAGGCGCUCAUGCUGUUCGCCGGGGAGCAGGCGCAGCUGCUGUUCGAGGGCCAGCACCUCUGGCGCGAGCUGUGUAUGUUCCACUUCACCGACGAGCAGACGAACGACGUUCGAGCCAAGCAGAAGGAUCCCGACAACUGGCAGACGAUCUACUACCGACUCAAACGGUAUCACGGUCAGAAAGAGAUCUACGCUGAGAUGCUCUAUAUCUGUAAUACCUGCCGAUGCCUAUUCUGGCAGUCGAUUGGUCACCCGUGCCUUCGCAGCAGCGAUGAGGCACGUAGGACGCCACUAACACCCCAGCAGUUUCUGCAGCUGUUCGCUGUCUAAACCACCCAGGCGACAGUGGAAAUCUGUACUGCACCAUCACCAUUAUCAUUUUAUACUCGUGACGGACACGCGUGAUUCCGCCCGAACGCUCUCAUCUUGUACAAACGAGGAGUAUGGUUUGCAGCAUGUUCUGCUCGAUGUAAAGUUCAAAUUUGUAAAUACGUUGCAGUUGUCACAUAUUAUAUUAGGAGUAACAUGAUAAUAUCAUAAUAUAUUUUGUUGCUGUUGUUUAUAUAUGUAUAGUAACGUUUGUACAUAUAGGUUUUUUAUAUGCCCAUGAAUUUUUUACACUUUUAUAUGUAUGCACGCGUUUGAGUUUUUUUUAAUAAUCGCAUUCGCACAGUGUCUGAGUGUUGUGUUAAACUGCUAAAAAGGCUUUACAUCUCAAUAAGCUUGUCAUUGAGUUAUUAUUUAUAAUGAAUAUUUUGGCUUCGUUGACUUCAUGAUUUGUAUACAAUAAGGCCAAAUCAUUGGAGGUCACCCUGUUUAGCUAAGCUACGCGACAAUUAGCGGUGUUUUUGAUGCUAUAAAGUUCGUACACAUAAAUUAUAGCUAUGUUGGGUUGUCACACGAUUUGUUCGGAGUAGUGUACGGUUAAUACUGUCUAAAUCUUGACCUCACAAAUACACAUGUUGGUUGAUUCCCGUUGUUAAUUUAGGUUAUUGAUAUAUUUUACAGCGUCUAAUGUUUUAAUAUGUAUGCGUGCCCAUGCGAGGCUGCGUGGGUGCUUGCGAGAGCGUGCGCGCGCGUUUGUGUAGCCGUAUAUUCUAUACGGUGUUUGUAUAUACGUAAUAUAUAAGCCGUGUCAUAUAUGAUAAAUGUUCUUCAAAGUGUACAAGAAUGCUAUAGUGCGUAAGGCUAUUGUAGGCAAGGCCCGUGUGAGCGAGGUCCAUAUAUGACUGGUUUUUACUGUAAUGCCACAUUUCUAUGUAAUGUAUCCCACUAUCCCAGUAUAGACUAUGUCGUUAUUAAUUACUGGUUUCACUCUAUGUUUACUUGGUUACUUUAUUUUGUUGUUCCUAUUAUAAUUAUUUAUUAUUAUUGUGAUGUUCUAUUUGUUCCAAAUUGCAAGAAUAGACCAUUUACUUCAGGAGGUCUCGGUAAGGCAUAUAUGAUUAAAGCCAUGAAGAGAUUGAGAUCGAAAUAUAUGAAAGCAAGAGAAUGAGUGUCAAAUUACUGACGUCGAAAAAAUGAAAAGUUCGGCAUAGAACGAUAUAGACGUAUGCAUAUCCUUACAUUUAGGUCUACCUACAUGCGCUACCAUGCGCGCGUGUGCUAUCGUCUCAACAUGCACAGGUCUCCCUUGUGAGAAAUAAAUAAAAGAGUUGAAAUAGUUCGUCGUCUAUCUUUACUCUGUAAGUUUCCUAUGUAGCAUGUUCACACAUUUGCAGCAUUGACUGGGUCAGGUUUUAGCGUCGACAGUAAUGAAUCAGUGUGCGCGUCUGUUACUUACGUGACGUUGGAGAUUGUUGCGGUGCUGUUGAUGUAGUUUCUGCUGCUGUAUAUAUAUAUAGUUUCUACUGUGUAUGCGGUGCUAUCUACCUAUACCACGGCCAUGCUGCUUAUUUACUCUGGAGUUUGUAUUUUUCCGGCGUACGCACAGGCACUGGCUUGAUGUAUAUUCGAUGUAUACCCAUGUUCCUGUACAAAACAGUUCAGAAACCUAUUAUAUAUAUAUGCAUUGCGUCUACUGUGAAUAAAAAUGUAUGUAAAUUUUACUACG